UACUUUUUAUCAAAUAAAAAAUUGAUUGUAUUAAUGAAAUUGCAUUUGUGGGCUCUGUUGCCUAAAAAAGAGACUAAUGUCGACAUAUUUUUAAAUAAAUACCCGGAAUAUGAUGGUCGAGGGGUCAAAAUUGCAAUAAUUGACACCGGCGUUGAUCCCGGAGCUGCUGGUCUUCAAAUAACUAGCGAUGGUAAACCAAAAAUUGUGGACAUGUAUGAUGCUACCGGUGCCGGCAAUGUCGACACAAGUACUGUCGUUAAAGCAGAUGACGACGGUUUUAUCACUGGAUUGACCGGUACUAAACUAAAGAUACCAAACGAGUGGACUAACCCGUCAGGUGAGUAUCACAUCGGUAUGAAAAACAUAUAUGAGUUGUACCCGAAAGAGGUCCGCAAACGUAUGAUUGAAAAGUAUAUGGAAAACGAGUGGAAACCAAAACAUAGGAUUGUCAGCUCAGAUGCCUUGAAAAUGCUCCGAAAUUUUGAAGCAAAACAUACGGAAGCAUCUAAUGAUAGUCCUGAAGACAAACUGAUCCGCGAAGACUUGCAAUCGCAAGUUGAUUGUCUCAAACAAAUUGAUGAUAUUUUUGAAGAUUUAGGUCCCACUUAUGAUUGUAUUAUCUUCAAUGAUGGACAACAUUGGAGAGGUUUGAUAGACAAGACAGGAACUGGUGAUCUAUCAAAGUGUGUACUUUUGGGAAACUAUAGUAAUUGCUUGAAAUAUGACACCAUCUCUGAUAUGGAUAUGCUAAACUAUUGUAUAAAUAUUUAUGAUGAUGGUAAUCUGAUGCAAAUUGUAGCUAACAAUUCAUCUCACGGCACACAUGUUGCCUGUAUAGCGGCCGCCAAUUUUCCCGAGAAAUCUAUUAAAAAUGGUGUCGCACCGGGAGCUCAAAUAGUUAGUAUAUAUAUUGGAGGAAAUCUCAAUCAAAAUACAUUUAAAAGAGCACUUAUUAAAGUUAUUGAAUGCAAAUGCGAUGUCAUUAAUCUUAGUUAUGGUACUUAUGAUUAUAUAAACAGUUCAAUUAAUAAGUUUAUGAAAGAAUUGAUCACUAAAUACGGCAUAAUUUUUGUGACUUCUGCGGGAAAUUCUGGACCAAUUCAUUCGUCAACCCUAUCGAGCAAAUCAUUAGCCAUAUCUGUUGGCGCUUAUGUAUCACCUGAUAUGAUCAGAGCUCAAAACUCACUGUUUAAUGACAAGGCAUCUGAAAUGGCAUAUAGUUUUACAUCCCGCGGCCCAUCUGUUAAUGGAGAUUUGGGUGUAUCUGUAUGUGCACCCGGAGGUGCUAUAACAUCUGUGUCUAAUUGUGAGCUUAAAGGUAGUGACCAAAUGUUCGGUACAUCGAUGAGUUCGCCACAUACUGCGGGAGCCGUAUGUCUAUUACUGUCGGGUCUCAAAAUGAUGGAUAUCCCGUAUUCACCAUUUAGUAUAAGAAAAAGUUUUGAAAGUACUGCUAAUCAAUAUUAUGAUAAUUAUGAUGUAUUUACUGCCGGACACGGACUCAUACAAAUUGACAAAGCAUUUGAACAUCUAAUUCAAUUCAAAGAUAGUAUUGAUAGUAAUAUUAGAUUUAAAAUAAAUACUGGAAAUAAAAAAGUUGGUAUUUAUUUGCGGGAACAGUAUGAAGUAACUGAGCCAUCGAAACAUACUGUAUUUGUUGAAACUAAAUAUUUAAAUCAUAAAGAAAUGGAAAGUAAACAUAAAUUGCAAUUUGAAAUGAUAUUACAAUUAUCUUGUUCUCAACAAUGGCUAACUUAUCCACCAUUUAUUUAUUUAACAUAUGGUAACAAAAAUUUUGACAUUGAAGUCGAUCCACAAACUCUAUCGGACGGAGAAAUACACUUUACCAUGUUAAAAGCAUUUGACGCCACUUGUCCUGAAAAAGGCCCGAUAUUUGAGAUACCAAUUACUGUAAUUAAACCAUUAAAAAUAUGUAAAGAAAAAUCAAUGAAAUUUACAGAAAUUAUAAGAUCCGGUUAUUUUUGGAGUCAAUACAUUCAUAUACCUAAUGAAGUGACUUCAAUGGUUGUAAGCCUUAAAAAUAAAGACAGUUAUAGAUCAGGAAAUUUUGUAUUGCAAACCAUGCAAUUAGCAACUAAUAGUGAAAAAAGUAAUAUUGAAUAUAACAAAAACAUUUUACUAUUGUCUGGUGAGGAAAGUCAACACUCUAUUAUAGUAGACUCCGGGCGUACCAUUGAAUUAUGUUUCGGUAAAUACUGGAAAUGUCUAUCGGAUAUUGAGAUUAAAAUUAAAAUUCAAUUCAAUGGCAUUCAAUUGCUUAAUAAACAAUCACUUAUAUUGUCAUCAACUGAUUUUAUAUCAACUUUAGAUAUUAAAUCUAAUUUUACAUUUGAAACAAUUACUCCAAGAAUUUCAUUAUAUUAUUAUGAAUUGCACAUCAAACCGACUAAUAGUGAAAUAAACGCAAUGUCUGAACGCGAGACAAUACCAAAAGGACGAUGUUUUUAUGAAUUAAUUUUAACUUAUAAAUUUAACUUGCCUAAAGAUCAUGAAAUAUAUAUAAAUUCUAAUAUAAGUCGUUAUUACGAUUUUGAAUUACAAAUGAUUAUGUUAUUUGAAGAGAAAACUAAACGAUAUAUCGAUUAUGGAUAUUAUAGACAAUCAAAAAUGAAACUGAAAAAAGGAGAUUAUUUAAUUAAAAUUCAAGUUUGUCACGAAUUGGUCAACAAUUUAAACAAAUUAAAAGACACAGUAAUUACUGUAUGUUAUAAAUUAUCGCCUACUCUGUCAUUAGAUAUUUAUGACAAUCGCGAAAAAGCCAUCACCGGUGGCACUAAAAUAGUAAAUAACUAUUUGGUCCCAAAUAAAGUCAAACAAUUGUUUAUAAAAUCAUUGUCCUCGUCAUCAGUACCGUUGGGUUUACCAGAAUUGGUUGCCGGCAGUUGUUUCACGGGAUAUAUCUAUUUGUUUGAUAAUUUUACUCAUUUACUACAAGAGGACAAUAUUUUGUAUAUUAAUAAUACUGACUUCAAAAAGUUGUCACCGGAUAAUAGUAUCACUAAUCAAAACAAAYCAAAAGAAAAUAACAAAAAGUUGCCAAAAGACGAGUUUAAUGAGGAGUUGAUUAAAUUGAAAUGUAAUUGGAUUUCAAAAUUAAAUAAAGAAAUGAGUGAUCAGUUAUUUGAAGAAUUGAUUGCCGACAACAAAAUAAAUGCCAUACUAUUGCUGUCGCGAAUUAAAGCGCUUGAAUCGGAUGAUUGUCGGUCACAACAUUUAGUGGACAUCAUUACAAUGUCCGAUACAAUCAUCAACGACAUCAAUAUCGAUGACCUGAUUUCACAAAUGGCUAUCAAAAAAAGUGAACAAAUAGAAAACGAAGAAGCGAUCAAAAAUAUUGAAACAAAAAGAUCACAACUAUUGGAAGCACUCGUCAAAAAAGGUUUGGCUAUAAGUGAUAUCAUAGAUCCGUCAAACAAACAAAAUGUUGACAUCAAUGGGUCGAAACAAUUGACUGAUAAUAAGGAAAUUGACGAAAACAAAACUCAAGAUGAAACUAAAAUGUCUAAAACUAUUGAUAAAAAUGAAACUAUUAAUAACAAUGAACUUCAAAAGUCUUGUAAUACUAAUGAGUCCAAUGAUAAUGAAAGUAAAGAAAUCAAACCACAUGAAGACACAACUAAUGCUAGUUAUAGUAUCAAUGAUUUGAAUGUGAUUUUUCAAAUGAUUUGCAAACUUAUUGAUCCUUACGAUCUAAAAGUAUCAGAUUUUACCGAAAGACACGCCAUUAUGAAUGGACAAUAUUAA